AUUACAUAACAAUCCAAAGCACCGGUAGACCUACGCCUACGCAGAUAAGCCGAGAGCCACAACUGAACACCCACCACCAAGACAUCCGCCGCAAAAGACAGGCUCUUCACAAAAGAUCCAGGGCAAAGGCAGCAGAGCGCGGGUGCGAGAGAACGCGGACUCUGCCUUAUAACGCACGAUCGAGCACGAAGAAGAAGAAGAGAAGAAACAAGGACAGAGAGAGAACCCACCGUGUUAGUCCCUAAUCCUCACCACCACCACCACCACUUCCUGCACUUCUUGAGCACACACACAUCUACUACCAACAAUGGUCAAUUUUGGAAACGCAGGCGGCGUGCGCGAUCGGGCGAAUCCCGAACUCAAGCUGCAGCGCAUGAUCCAGGUGCGGGAUCAAGUCCUCGACGAGCUCAACCGCGACCGUGUUCCGGCUUCUGAGUCCUGUGCCAGAAUCAUAAACUACACAAAAAACACAAAAGACUACAUGAUUCCCUCCUCCUUUCCCGACAAGCGCGAAGAUCCAUAUAACCCCGUCGUCAAGCAGUCUUCCGGAUGUUGCAUCAUAAUGUAAUCGCAAAGAAAAAACAACAACAGACUACACGUAUACACGUAUAGAUACGUGUAGUCUGCCAUAUUCCUCCUCUCCUCCUACACAGUACCUACGGCCACUAUAGUCGCAUACUCGCGACGGCUGGCUUCUUUGUCCUUUGUCAUUAAUGAUCGGUGUAUUAUAGAGUAUUCAUGUUUCACGUUUGGUUGUUUGUCUGUUCUCUAAUAUGCGCGUCUGUUUGUUUAUCGUGUUGUUUAUUAAUGUCGUCUC